GGGGGGACUCUUUGUCCUGCCGAAGGAGGACUCGGAAGCGGCUCCGUCGCGCAACCAGGCCCAAUGGAGUAUCUGUCAUCAAGAGGGAUCCUAAUGGAUGUCUUUUGCAUUUCUUAAAUCCCAGAAGGAUGUGACUGCCAAGAGGCUCGAGUGGUUUGCAAAGGAUAUUUUUUCUGAUGAUGUGUUUGUAGUUUGAAUCCCCAUUAAGAGAGGCAUGCUGAGUGGCUAACGUAGUUGGAGAAGAUUUACCUUUCCGUCGGGCUGUGGAAGGACAGGCCCCUUGAAAUCUGAAAAUGAGUAUACCGCUGGUUCCAAACAAGUCAUGUUACAAUUUAUUACAAGGCAACAGAAACGAGAUGAAAAAUAACAAUGAACACCUGAUGACUGUUGGAGACACAAAUGCCAAUCAAAUCACAUCCGAGGUUAGAGGGGAGAUAAAAACCAGUGAUUUGUCAGGGGAAACUAGAUGUUUGAACACUAGCGGGCCAGAAAAUAUCACACAAUUAAAUUCAGAGAGGAACAGACUUCAGGGUACUACGGGUCUCUCAGAGUUUAGGCUGCCUUCUACCACCAGCAGGGAAUUGUAUAAGGAUUAUAGGACGGAUGGGAUUAAGGAGACUUCGAGGCUCAUCCCUAUCAGCCGAGGCCAUAGUUUGUCUAAUCUGAGAGUUAAUACAAACGAUACCUUUUCAGUGGUUCUUUCCAAAAGCGACGCUGAUCUCAUUCAGCAUGUUUCAAAGGAUAAAACCCCUCGAAGGAUUGAGCCAGAAGGGAUCAAACGCCUUUCCUUGGGGAGAUCAAGGAAACUUAUGGCUAAAACAGAAGGUUUUGGAAAAGAAUUUGUUGGCCGCGUAUCAGGUAAGCGUUUGCUUUCUGCCUCUCUGGAUUCCAUUGACACCUCACAUCAUUUGAUUGGGGACACCGAGAAAUCCCGGAAAACGUCCGCAGACCAUUUUUUAGGCAUGGUGUUUCACCCAGCCGAUAGCUCCUCAGAGGGAAAUAUUGUGCGUUACUCUAAACAUUCACCUACCUCAGAAACUAACAAAAUAAAUGUCCCAGCGACACAGACGGGGGUGGACAGUGUCCCAAACUUCAAUAAGCAAAGCUCUCCGCACUCUGCUCCUGUUGAUCUAUAUUCAGCUGUUAAAUCCAAUGAAAUGUGUAGAUCCGAAGCACAAUUAGAUCAUCAGGGUGAAAAGAGAGUAAAGGCAGAGUUAAGAAGUCCUCUGUCUUCGCAGCCUAGAAGUAUGUGUCAGCAAAAAAAUGACAGGGUUAUGCUGGUUGAAUUUCUCGGAUGUCAGGUGGAGGAAAACAAUAUUGCAGUGCAGAAUAAAAAAAAUUAUGGGUCCGAAGUACACAGAGUAAAAUUGCUCCCGGCGCAAGAGCCUUGUAGCAAAGGAAAUGGCCCAUACUUAAACGAGGGGCUUGACUCUGCCAGUGACAGACUAGUAAGUGGUAGCAACUCCCCAGGUUUCAGAAAAGGAAGUAGUCCUAGCGACAGCAGGGCAAGAAGCCAAGCCAGUGAGGAACGCGUGGCUGCAAACGAGGUGGAUUCUGUACUGGCUCUUGCUGAGGAUGAUAAACACAGUGGCAAAUUGACACUUACAAGAGAAAAAACGCGGCACGAUGCUGACGCAAGUUGCAUUCAGGCAGGAGAUGGGCAUGUGCCUCUCAUGCAGAAUACUGAUCAGCCAGAUGGCAAACAUUGGGACAAUCAUGAAAGCAAACAGCUGCCCAUCAAAGGGCAGAGCGAAAAUGCUACAACAACGCUCACCUCUGAUCACCUGGAACAUCCAAAGGCACUUAGUGUGGAAAAUGUGCUUGCUAACACCCAGGACUGUGAUUCAGAGGUGGCAAGCUUUGCGAUUCAGAGCAAGAAGAUGGUUAUUGCGAGGAAACAGGGGUCCAGUGAUACGCUGGAGAGCUAUAAAAUAUCGGGAAGGACGGAUACCUUUUUAUGUGCCCCGGCACCUUUGCGCCCUAUGGCGAUGGUGAAUGUGAAUAGCCACGCCACCGGAUCAAACAGCAGCCUGAAAGAUCUCUAUACGCUUCAUGUCGACAAGCUUCCCUCCUCCGCAGUCCUACCUCCUGUGGACGGCGCACAGUUGCUCAGCCUAUCCCCUAAAGUGCCUGCCUGUAAUAGUGGCAUCCCCAAGCCUAUCCUGGUACAUUCCAAGGGCUCCCAUCCAGCCACGGAUGAUGGAGAGAGCUAUUGCAUUGAGAAGCCAGAAGAUAAGAUGGAGACAAAACCAGACAUCCCCAAGCCCAAGCAUGUGAGGCCCAAAAUAAUCACUUACAUCAGGAGAAACCCCCAGGCAAUAAGCCAGCUUGACCAUACGUUUGCUCCCGCUGGAUUACCCUACGCCCCUCCGGCUUGCGGCAUGCCAGUGGCAACGGAACAGAGGACUUCCAGUGAUGGAGAUAUUAAACCAGGCAACAUGCUCUAUGACAAGUUUAAACCCGACUUGCAGAAGCCUCGGAUUUACAGUUCUGGACUCGUGGUGUCUGGCAUUAAAUCUUCAGGUCAUCCUUUUGGGCAAAUAAGUGAAAAGUUUCUCCAGGAGGUUGGGGAAAGGCCUGGGAAAGAAGAACUCUGUCCUCCGCCAUAUACUCACUAUGAGGUGCCUCCAAGCUUUUAUCGCUCUGCAAUGAUACUGAAGCCCCAGUUAGGACUGGGGGCAGUUUCCAGGUUACCGUCUGCAAAAAGCAGGAUUUUGAUUGCAAGUCAAAGGUCUUCGGCGAGCUGCAUCCACCCGCAAGGGCCGAUCACCACCUCUCCUGCACUUUUCCAUCCGGAUCCUUCAGUUGAUAUUAAAAAGGGCCCAAGUCCAAACGCUACGAAGUCCAACCUUCCAAAGCCAUGUCAAUCUGGUCUCCGUCCUCCUGGUUAUUCGCGACUGCCAGCUGCCAAAUUGGCAGCCUUUGGCUUUGUCCGGAGUUCAAGCGUCUCUUCGAUCUCAAGCAACCAAUCCAACGACAGCGUCCAGAGUGAUCAAAGCAGGACGGCCAAUCGUUCAAACUUUGGAAAUGAAGAGCAAAUCGCUCCGAAGGCAGCUGAGCCUUCUAAAGAAGCACCCAAGGGGGCUAGUAGGACUCCACCACCACAGGCAUCAAAUAGCACAGCAGCUGCCCGUCGGAGUUUACUUCCAGCACCGAAAACUGCCGCAGCACCUGCUGGCUCAAAGAAAGAAGUACAGAAAGAUCCAGAGGCUGGCAGACCCACCGUUUCAUCCCCUAAGAGACUGGUUGUAUCAGCUACUAAGCUCCACUCGCCAGGAUACCCUAAACAAAGGUCAUCUGUUCCAAGGAAUGGAUUUCCUCCGAAGCCAGAUUUGCAGACUCGAGAGGCUGAGCGGCAGUUCAUCCAGCAAAUGAAGGAAAAGUGUGAAGAACAGGCCAGGAAACUCAGCCGUAUCCAGGAGGACCUUAAGAGGACUGGCUGUGGCUUUGAUGUCUUCGUCAUAACAACGCAGUAUUUCUUUCAGAAGAACGAAAGUGCACUUGUGAAGGAAAAAGAACUCUCCGCAGAGCUUGCAAACAUCAAAGAUGAAGUUGCCCUCAAUGCAGCAAGAUACGAGAAAUUACAAAAAGAGAAGGACGAGCUGGAAAAGAAGUUUGAGGGGAAGCUGAGGCAGCUUGGCUGGCAGCAGCAAGAAGAGCUCCAAGCGCUCGAAGAGCGGCUGCAGUCACAGUACAGUGCCGAAAUCGAGCACUUGCAAGAGGAUCACAGCACGCAGCUUGUCCGGAUCAAGAGUCAGCACCAAGAACAGGUAGAAGACAUUGCAGCAACUCAGGAAGCAGCAGCGUUAGAGAUGGAAAAUAGCCACACUGUUGCUGUUGCAGUGCUUCAGGAGGAAUAUGAGCUCAAAGUUCAAGAACUGAAGUCUGCGCAUGAGUUGGAAAAGGCAGAGCUUGAAGAGAAUUUUGAGAAGUUGCGUCUGUCGCUCCAGGACCAGGUAGAUACCCUCACUUUCCAGAGCCAAUCUCUGAAGGACAAGGCGAAAAGAUUUGAAGAGGCAUUAAAGAAAAACACUGAAGAACAACUAGAGGUUGCAUUGGCUCCAUACCAGCAUUUAGAGGAAGACAUGAGUAGCCUAAAGCAGGUUUUGGAGAUGAAGAAUCAACUCAUUCAUCAGCAGGAAAAGAGGAUCAUGGAGCUCGAAAGACUGGCUGAAAAGAACUUAAUAUUGGAAGAAAAAAUCCAGGUGCUUCAACAGCAAAAUGAAGACCUCAAAGUCAGGAUUGAUCAGAACACCGUGGUGACCAGACAGUUGUCAGAAGAAAACGCCAAUCUGCAGGACUACGUUGAGAAAGAAAGCAAGGAGAAAAAAAGGCUGAGCAGGACUAAUGAAGAGCUGCUGUGGAAACUUCAGACUUCGGAGCCGAUGAGCCCCGUCAAACUGUCUCCGACAUCUCCGACACACAUCUAUCGCUCUUCCUCAGGACCUCCGACCCCUGCAAAAGUCAGCAUCGUGCCAAGAUGACAGGCCAAACCCGGAUGUUUACAGUGACUGUCCCUGGCAACAUCCCAAUCUACUGAAUGUUGUCAUCCAAGAAAGUAUUAACCGCAGUAAAAGUAGAUACCUGGGAUCUGAUACU